AUGUCAAGAGACGACUCGCCAGACAAGAGUCGCUGGUCGCGCGACUCCAGCGCGGCUGGACGAGUUGACACGCCUGGCGAUGACGACGACUUGGAUUCCAGCAUGCUCGGCGGCCCUGAUGCUGGAGGGAACAAGCGCAAGUCCAAGUCCGCCGCUGCUGCUGCUUCAGCCGGCGGAGCGUUUUCAUCCGUGGGCAAAAUUAGACAUCUCAAGAAGGAGGAUGGCGAACCCUUGUGGAGAAGAGACAUUCAAUACGACUUCCUGCGCGCCGUCUUCGACGACGACACCAGAGUCUUCACCAACAGCUACGAAGCCGAGCCGGCCAGCACCGAUAAAUCCAAUUUCGCCGACUUGUACAUCGAUACAAUGGCACGGAGCAGCAAGACAAGCAAGGUUCUUCGCGACAAGCUGCUUCUUGAUCGCGAGGCUGCGAAGAGCAUGGCCAUGGUCUGCUUGCUAGUCAACGUUGGUCGAAUGAACACAACUCUAAACUUCUUCCCUGAGAUGCGAGCCCAGCUACGAACCUAUCAUGCCAUCCCCUCGUUACAAGCGCACCAGGAUGCCUCAGCCUACAAGCAGUUACAAGAUGCCCCGAGACUGAAGUCCAUCCUCAAAGGCGCAGCAGAGGACCGAACCGAGCCACAUGACCUUGGUGAGUUCAAGGAAAAGUCGCCGCCUCGUUCGAACCCGGUCAACCUCAUAUUCCUCGUCUGUUCCUCAGCAUCCCACAUUGCCGAGCUGCACUUCCCCGCUGGUGGAGAGUUCCAUGAUCUGAUCAUGAAGACGAACUACACCAGUCAGUCGCGGGCCAGAGCGUUCUUGUGGCUCAUGUGGCAGUACCUCGAGUCAGAUUUUACGGAAGAAGGCUGCGAAGAGAAUCCGUUCGGACCUGGUGUCGACUAUGGUAAUGAUGUGGCAAACCAAGGCGUGCCGCGGAUGGUGGAGAUGAGCGAGGAGGACGAGGCCCGAGAGAAUAUCGAUUCACAGGAGGAGAUCGACUUCGGCCGCGAGAAGCAGAGCCACAGAACCAAGAUCAUCGCGGCAGACCAGGCCUACAUGGCCGACCACCAGUCGAAGCGGGGCUCGAGAUCCAAGCUUGUGCCCGAAGAAGGGACCCCUACCGCGGCCAUAUUGCCACGCAUCCGCCCAUCCAAGCACGAGUCGGAUAUGGACAGCACACGCUCCACUCCACCCCCACGGGCUCUAUCUCGCAUGGGCGCCAACAGCACCGCCCGCCGCAGCGGCGCACCGCUAAAAUACCAAAUAUUCGAGGCCUCGUCGCCUGCAGGUCCCAGCUCCCAUUCUCAAGCCAUGGAGGGCAUCGUCCCCCGGAAGCCACGUCCCCCCACGGCGCACCAGCUCGCCGUGGAGCGGAAUCGCAAUCAGCGUGUUGAGCACAUCCUGGACCGCGGAUUGCGGCGACAGCACCACACCUCCCGGAAGCUACGGCGGCAAGAGGGCUCCGUGAUCCGAGCGAAACGUCGCCUGGCCGCAAUGACCGACCCCUUCGCAGACAGCGACGAGGAAGAUUACAGAGUGUUCCCGGCUGACAAGGCGACUUUCCGAGAUAGGGGAUUCGGCGGUCUCUGUCAACUCACGAUGGAGGAGGACGAUUUUGGCGAGGAGUUUACUUCAUAUGCUGCGUCACUGCGGCGGGCCAACCGGCGGCUCGUACGCUGGGAGGGCCGACCCGAGUUAGGAGUCGUGUCAUCGGCGAAGAAGCAUUCCUCACUUCGGAUGUGGGAUGAUGGCUCGCCUGGAGGGCAGAUGGAUCUCGACGGAACUGGCAGCCGGAACAAGAGAGGAACUGGUAGAUCCAGAGCGAAUGGCAACGCUAACGGCGAUGUCAUGAUGGAGGAUGCUGACGACCUGGACGAGAUGGAUAAGGAGUUACUGGGUAUUGGCAGCGGUGGGGAGGAAAUCGAAGGCAAGGACGAGGAUGAAGAGCUCGACGACGUCGACAAGACCUUGCUCGGCAUUGACGGUUCGGACGGCUACGACAGUGGUUGA